AAUCGCUUUAGCAGAGGUCGCCGCCACCGCACCUCUCAUUACAGGUUGUCGCUUUAACUCUCUUGUAAUUACUGAAUCACGCGGCAUGCUUAGACACGCAUAAUUGCACAGCGCUCGAGUCUCGCGUAAAUAACUGCACACUGCCGCUGUGAACUAGCUUAAAAUUUAAUAACUUCUCAAUCGAUACUCUUACUCACUGUUGUCUAAACAGAAGCAGCUCCAGGUCCUCGGGUCUCAUUUUCAUAUGGAGAAACGGAAUGAUAACAAUGAAAAUGAAAUCAUAGUGAAUUAAUGAAGGGCUCGCCUGGGCACCAAGGAGCUCAGACCUUAUCGCGAGGACACACUUGGGCAGCAGCAGGACGGCACAAGCCUGCUGUAUCCAGGAGACGAGCUGAUAAAGCGUCCCGAGCGGAAACGAGGGGCACUUGACUUGAGUCGAGGCUCAGGUCGCAGGAAUCCAGAGACUGUCCUGACAACAUCGGGCCCAAGGCAGAAAUUCUGCUCUGGACAAGAUGCUUGACAAAUAUGCCCUUCUUCACUGAUAUCAGGCAGUUAAGAGUCAUUUAAAGUUAUCUGCUUUCUGUUUUCAAAUUCUUGCAGGGUAAGUUUACUCCAGAUACACUGGUUUUCCCUCCGAAUCCCAGACAUGUAAAUAUUAGAUGAAAUAGUGACUCUAAACUGCCUGCAUAUGAGUUAGGAAGUAAAACUAUGCGAGUAUGCCUGGGUGUUGUCUCUGUGGUGUUUUAUUGUUCUCCUCGUGUCUGGAUGGGCUUGUGUUUUCAUACUCUGUUUUUCCUCUUACAUUAGAAAAAACAAUUGGUCAUUCAGUGCAACAAGGCUCGCCAAUCCUAUUCACCUAAUUCCUUCAAAAAACAUCGUUGAGUUUUGAAUAUCCCUUAAGUUGUACCGUCUAUCACACCACAGUAGGCCUUAUUCUGUGUGUCUGUAGUUCCCCGAGUAAAGAAAAACUAACAAACAUUUGUGUGAAAUGUAGCCGUAACAACUUUUCAUCUGUCCUCCUAUGUUCUUGUUGAACUAAUUUUAGUCAUUUUAAACUAAGAGCUUGGAUCCACUGUAUUAAUUCUUUUCAUAAUUUGAAACACUUUAAUAAUGUCACCUCUUUAUCUCCGUUUGCUUAAACUGAAAAUGUUCAAUUCCAUCAAUCUGUCCUCAUAGAUCAUUUCUCUGGACUUUUCCUAGUGCUGCUAUUUCUUUUCACUGCACACAAUACUGCAGGUCAGGCCUCAUCCAAGUGUGUUAUAAAGCUGAAGCAUAACUUCCCUGGACUUGCACUCUACCCAUUGUGCUAUAUAACCUAACAUUCUGUUGCUUUGCUUAAUAGCUUACGAACACUGGCAGAAUGUUCAUGGUGACAAGUCCACUCUGACUCAUAAAUUGUUCUCAUAAGCAGUACUUUCAAUUUUCAGACUUCCUAUUGCAUAUUCAUAUCUAACAUUUUUACUUCCUAUAUGUAAACCCUAACACCUUACCUACAGGCCCAUGCAUGUAUACCAUUCAAGUCUCUCUAAUGAUUUAACAGAUUGUAGAUUAUCUUCAGACUUAACAUGUUAUAUGUUAAUUUUACUAUCCAAAUCAUUUAUAUAUAGUAGAAAUAGCAGUGGGGCCAGCCCUGACCCCUGUGGGACACCACUGUAAACAUCACCUAUUUCUGAUAGGGUUCCUCACACCAUAACCCACUGCUUUCUAUGUUUUAGUCAUUUCUGCACUCAUCUACAGACUACACCCUGAACUCCCAAUUCUUUUAGUUGGAUGCCUAACAUCUCCUCUGUGACAAUAGAAAAUACUUUCUGAAUGUCAAGAUAAGUAAUUGAUAUACACCACUCUGAUCAUAUCCUUUUGUUGCUUCCUCAUAGAAUUUCGGCAUGUUAGAGAAGCACAACCUUCCUUUCUGAACCCAUGCUGAUUGUUCUUGAAAACAAAUUUUUGUAAUUUGCUGUUCAUCUUACUUUUAAUUUCUUGUAUGGCUUUUGUGAAUUUACUUGUGAUGCACAUUAGGUUUAUUGGCCUGUAGGCACUGUACUUGGAUAAUAAUUUUUAUUUUCUAUUCCUUAGGAAUUUGCCCAUUGUGCAGCAACUUUUGAAUGAUAUGAGUCAAGGGUUUAAGUAUACACUCAUUUGCCUCCUUAAGCAUUCAAGGAUAAAUGCCACCUAGUCCUGAUGAUCUGUUAGAUUUGUUAAAUGGUGUGAUUAAGUAUGGGUUUUUAUGAGUGUGUGCUGGUUGACAAACUGGUGUCUUGUCCAGGAAUGCUUUCAUGCCAUGUACCCAGUUUUGCCAGGACAGGUUUGAUCCCACUGCCUGAGUUGAAUUAAAACACUAAGAAUUUUUUUUUUUCCCAAAUGGACAGGAGCUCUGCUGAUUUAUGCACAUCUUGUACUGAACUUUGAUGUCCAGGCCAUUUGGCGUGCCCUGCUGUCCGAAGGCCUCAACGAGUUUUCUUCUGUAGUUCACAGAUCUUGAUGUCCAUGGGUGUGCUGUCACCAUGCUUUUCAACCCACCUGUUUUCAGGAUCAACUUUGACUCUGGAUGUAGCCAAGACACAAAAUGAAUAAAUGCUUCUAGUCAGCACUUUAUUUGUAUUUCAUGCUAAUAACUUAAAGCCUUACUAUAUAUGUAUAUUUUUUUAUUUCUAGACAAUCAGUCAAACAAAUCAAAAAUGAUGGCUGGGGCUGAUGCUGCUGAUGCUCCCAAAAAGCCACUGGUGUUUCGACUUUAUAGUGGGGUCCCAGAGGUGGUGCGACAGGUGCUUCUGGAACGUGGCUGGAUUGAGUACAAUGAGCAAGAACAUGAUGAGAAAGACUGGAAUCUGUAUUGGCGCACCACUUCUUUCACUGAAGCUGAAUAUGAAAACAUUCUCCCAUGGCAACGUCUCAAUCAUCACCCCAAAACCAUGGGAAUCACAAGGAAGGACUGCCUAGCUCGAAAUCUGAAGCGCAUGAAGGGUAUUUAUGGCUCAGCUCUCUAUGACUUUAGCCCUGUUGCUUUUAUCUUGCCAAAUGAUUACACCAAGUUUUUGGCAGAAUAUUCCAGAGAAAUGCUGGAAAAUGGUGGAACACCAGGAUACUGGAUUUGUAAACCAGUUGAUCUUUCCAGGGGUAGGGGGAUAUUUAUUUUUCAGGACUUUACAAAUUUAGCUUAUGAUUCCUCUGUCAUUGUGCAGAAGUAUAUCAGCAACCCCUUACUUAUUUCUGGUUACAAAUUCGACCUCCGUAUUUAUGUCUGUGUAAAAAGUUUUCACCCCCUUACUAUCUACAUGUACCAAGAAGGCUUGGUUAGAUUUGCAACUGAGAAGUACUCUCUAAAUUCCCUAGACAAUCAGUAUGCACACCUGACCAAUACCAGCAUUAACAAAUUUGGCCUUUCAUAUAAUUCUGAAAAAGAGCGUGUUGGUUCAGGGUGCAAAUGGACAAUGAGCAAAUUUCGGACCUACCUACACAGCCUGAAUAUUAAUGAAAUGUUAUUGUGGCAGAGAAUCAACAGUAUUGUGACGCUCACUUUGCUCACUAUAGCCUCUUCCAUACCAGCAAGCCCCAACUGUAUAGAGCUAUUUGGCUUUGACAUUCUGAUUGACAGCAACUUUAAACCUUGGCUCUUGGAAGUAAAUUUCAGCCCUGCCCUAUCUCUAGACUGUCCUGUGGAUGUCACUGUCAAGAAGGGGCUUUUACAUGAUUUGAUUGAUUUGUUGAAUUACAGUGACGUGGACCAUCUCAGAGAGAGUGCAUUUGCACAGCAGGCACAGAAAAGGCCAUCUUAUGUAAGGCUUCAGCCUUUGUCUUUAACAAAACCAGUGGUUUUGCUGCUUGCUAACACUCUAAAGAGGUCAGGCAAGGACUGUAAUUUGGCUCAACCUAUAUGCAGCCCUCAUUCUACAUUACAUAAUUUGUGCAAAGCAAAUCACUUGGAGAUAAACAAAGAAGAGCACUGUGAGAAGUUGUUAAGUGACACAGCUAGAAUAUCAUGUGUACAAUAUGGCAAGCAAAAAGUUACCAAGGUAUCUAAGGUGUCUCUGACUCGCAAGACGCACCCUAGCACUUCCAGCUCCCAGAAAGAAACAGGCUUAGCUUGCAAGAAGUCUCCUCAGCCUAAAAAGAAAAUUGCAUCCCAGAACAUGGAAAAUGUACCUUCUAACAAAAACCUUUGUAUGUUGCCAGCGAUCAACAAAACAACACACAAACCUGCCUCUUUCAAACGAUUUUCCAAGGUCGAAUGUAUAAUGCCAAGAUCUCGUGUAGGAGACUUUAUUCUCACAUUUCCUUUUAAUGAAGCUACUGUUAAGGCUUCACAAAAAUUAACAAAUGUGAAAGCUGCAAUUCUAGAGGUCCAGAAGCUCUUGAACAGCAUUGUGUCCCAUAAGGCAUGUGGCAUGAAGAGGAGAAAAGAAGAUAUUUCAUCUAAUUGCAGAUUUGUUGGAAAAGAGCAAAAUGGACAGUUGCUCUGGGGCCCUAAAGAUCCUCCAUUGCUUAGUGUUAUGUGCACUAAUAAUCAUAAUGACAGUUUCAGGUGAUACAUUUUUGUAUUAUGCUCCUCUAUUGUUUUAAUUUUUUUUAAAUUAUAUAAUGUGUAACAAGAAUGUACAAUAUAGGUUUUUAUUACAGCCCCUGUAUUAAACUAUCCUUUUAAAUGGUUGUGAAUUAAGCAUUUAUACUGUAAAAGAUCUAGGGACUAGAUGCUAGUGCUGGCCAGUACUGCUUAAUGCCCAACUGUUCAAUCCUGUUCAUUCUACUUGUGGGUCAUUGUAGCUGUGACUAUCAUCAGAUGAAGGAACAUCUUGCAGAAUGCAAAACAGAACUCUAUGAUCAGCAUUGAUAGAGAUAGCUGGCAGCUUUGGAUUCCACAUUUUAUUAGACUGUGAUGAUCUGGGCUUAUCACUUUGAGAUCAUGCUGAAGGACUAUUGAAUAACUCAUAUUUUGCUUGUUGGUAUUGAGCCAUGUUAAUGUCUAGAUUGUCUGUUGUUUGCAGUGCAUUUUAAUUCCAGCGUGAUUAUUUACUGGCCAUACUUCAAUGUUAAAUUGUUUUCAGGUACUGCCUUCAGUUGCACCAUUUUAUUAUGAUGUUUGUCAGUUUCUUUUCACUUCUUUUAUUGUUUCCCAUUACUUUGUAGCACUGAAAAUGCAUAUACCCCACCAGCAAAACUCCUAAUUUCCAAAACAUUCCAAAAGUGGUGCUGUAGAUACACCUACAAUAAUGCAUUCAAGCACACUUGACUACUCUGGAUACCUUUUUAAGGUUCGUUUUCAGCACAAGUUAAACAAUGAAAUUUUAGCAAAAUGCAGUGACUAAAUGGCACAGGAGAAUUUAUCCAAAUACAGUGUUUAUAUAAAUAUUACAUCAAAGUUAAGGACAGAAAUAAGAGAAUUAUGAGAAUUCUUUGCAUAAUUAGUGUAAAUGGUUUAAUUUGAUGUGAUCACAUUACCUGGAAUAAACCACUAGAACCCAAUGAGUAAGACACUCUGCUGCCACUUACUGUAGAUAUUUGGAAAGUUUAGAUAUUUGGACGGAUGAUAAAUUUCAUGCUAGAUGAUACUAAAUGUAUAAAUAACUAAGCCGCUGAUCACACAGUGAAGAAAUGAAGUGAGCAAGUGGUAAGAUGGGAGUACCCCUUCAUCUUUUUUAAAAGAAAAAGAAAAGUUGCUAGUAAAUUAUAUAAAUACAAACUACAUUGAAGAACAUGCACAUUAUCCCUGUUAAAAAGUUGGUAGAGAACUAACAGUGUCAUUUCCCCAUGAGCACACAAUCAUCACUCUACCACUCACAUCACUCGUGCUACUUGGUGCUCCUAUGAAAUGAAGCAGUUUGGCAAAACCUGUAGCCAUGCCAAAGCUUGUAAUGUGACAGACGAGAAGAGUUCUUAUCAAGACCUCUAAAGGCAUGAUAUUAAAUGAAAAUAUCUUUUGCACAUUUCAGAAAAAAUAAGAUUGUUUUAUUCUGUAUUUAAAAUAAUUAACAUUAAAAUUAUUAACAUUCUGAGCUUCUUGAGGUCUUUAUUGCUGACCUUGUACAAUAGAUUGGUAAAAUAUGUACUGGUACUUGCUGCUGUGAUAAGAGAUUAUCCAUUUGUAUCUUUUAGAGCAGGGCAUCCCAAUUACAUCCUGAAGGGCUGCAGGUUUUCACUUUAACCAAUUUCUCAAUUAGAACCCAUUUAUUUUCUGUUAAAGCAAUACAGUUUUGGGGGGGGGGGUUAGUUUUAGUUAUCUCAUUCGUUACAAUUCAGAGCCCUUAAUUAAUUGCCUAUUUUUAGUUUUAGACUGCUACAUUUAGAUUUUAAUUGUUUUUCUAACCAGCCACCAGUUAAUAAUGAGGUACAAAUGACAAAGGAACCACCAGCUUCCAGCUAAUGUGCAUCUAUUUGAACCUGUGUAUAUGCAUCAUGAAGUAUCUAUUUUAAUGAAAUGUUUGUAUUGAUUUAGAGAAAGCAAGGAACAAGAGAUACAAAUCUGUUCUGGAUCACAAAAAAUAUAGACAAUGUCCUCAGAAAACAAAAAAAUGUACAACAUGAUGAAAAUUUGUCUUGGAAGAAUAAAGGCAUUA